AGGCUGGCCCGGAGAGCGUGUGCUGAGAUGGGGCAUCUGCAGGGCUGGGAGAUGAUGGUGCUUUGCUCUGGCUCUGCUCCUCGUUCAGCUGUGGCUGGCUCUGCAGGGCAGAUGUCCCAAGUCUUUAGGCAAAAAGAUGCAGGGCACUGAGCCCCAGCCCCUCCUCUCCAAUGGGUUGCUAGCAGAUUGCAACAAAGCUUUCCUCCUGGUUUUUCUCUGAGCUACCUGUUGUGAAUCGAUCCAAGAAUGAACAAAUGUAAGAAGCCUUAUGUUGACCAGACUACAAACCUUGAAAAGUUCAGUCCUGAAAUUCUUUCUGAAAUUGAGAAGCUCUUUGCGAAGAAGUUUACUUACACUAAGCCAGUGAAUAAUGAAUGGCAGCUACCAGAUCCCAGUGAUGCUUUUACAUGUGAUCACAAGGAAUUCAGCUCACUCCUGGCUCUGAAGGACUCGAUGAAUGAAGUGAAGAAUCAACUGAGUGAUAAGAACCUGGAUGAAUGGCAUCAGCACACCUCGUUUACCAAUAAAGCGGGGAAGAUAAUUCCUCAUGUGAAGAAAUCUGUGAAUGCUGAGCUGUGUACACAGGCGUGGUGCAAGUUUCAUGAGAUCCUGUGCAGUUUUCCUCUUCUCCCUGAAGAAGCUCUUCAGGAUGGAGAACUGAAUUCUGUCCACCUCUGUGAAGCACCUGGAGCUUUUAUAGCCAGCCUCAAUCACUACUUGAAAUCCCACCAUGUCCCUUGCGACUGGAAUUGGGUAGCUAAUACCCUAAACCCGUAUCAUGAAGCAAAUGACACCCUUAUGAUGAUCAUGGAUGACCGUCUUAUAGCAAAUACGUUGCCUUGGUGGUACUUUGGCCCAGAUAACACCGGUGAUGUGAUGACAUUGAAACAUCUAACGGGCCUUCAGAACUUUGUAAGGAAUAUGGCCACAGUUCACUUGGUAACUGCUGAUGGCAGCUUUGAUUGCCAGGGAAAUCCAGGUGAACAGGAGGCUCUUGUCUCACCCCUUCAUUACUGUGAAACAGUCACUGCUUUAAUGAUCCUGGGCACUGGAGGAUCCUUUGUUUUGAAGAUGUUCACGCUGUUUGAACACUGUUCUACCAAUCUGCUCUUUCUGCUAAACUGCUCUUUUGAGGAGGUCCAUGUCUUUAAGCCAGCCACUAGCAAAGCUGGAAACUCGGAGGCCUAUGUGAUUUGUCUUCGUUAUAUAGGCAGAGAAAGCAUUCAUCUGCUGCUUUCUAAGAUGAUACAGAACUUUGGAACAGAAAUGGUCAACAAAGCGCUCUUCCCCCAGCAUAUGCUACCAGAAUCUUUUCUUAAAAUACAUGAAGAGUGUUGCAUGUUCUUCCACAAGUUCCAGGUAGAGACUAUCUCUGAGAACAUCCAUCUCUUUGAGCGCAUGGAAGAAGCAGAGCAGAUGAAACUGAACAAGUUAAGAGAUUGUGCAGUAGAGUUCUUCAUGCAAAGACUUCAUAUGAAACCCAUUGCCAGAAAUAACUGGCUUGUCAAGAAAUCUCAGACUGGUUGCAGCAUGAAUGCAAAAUGGUUUGGGCAAAGAAACAAAUAUUUUAGUACGUACAAUGAAAGGAAGAUGCUGGAAACCCUGACGUGGAAUGAUAAAGUGGCAAAGGGGUAUUUUAAUCACUGGGCUGAAGAACAUAGUUUAAAUAAUGCUGGUAAAAUGUGCAUCUUGGAAGGAUUGUCUUCUAACCUCGAGUGUAGCUUGUGGUACAUUUUGGAAGGAAAAAGACUACCAGUGGUAAAAUGUUCUCCAUUUUGUGAUGGUCAAGUCUUGGAAAAUCUUAACGAAGCGAUGAACGAAUUGGUGGGGAGGCUGAAAAGCAGACAAAUGCUGCAGACUUGUCACUCGUGUGAAGUUCUUCCUGGGGAGCUGAUACUGGCAGAAGUGUCUGAUCUUUCCAGAUGUCAUCAGGAAGCCCUAAACGAAAGAUGUAGUGACCAAUUCAAGUGCCUUGUGGUGGACUUUCCAUCCCUCUGUGAUACUGAAAGCCAACCCGGCAUGGAAAUAAAGCUCCUGGACUCGGCCGCACUGCUGACUUUUAGCUUCUCUUUGCUUUAUGAUGGAGAUCCAAAGUACCAGCAGCACCUUUUGGAGUGUGUUCUACAUUCGUUGAAUCAACUUACAAUGGGAGAUGCGUUGAUUUUGCCUAUUCUUUCUUGUUUUACACGCUUCACAGCUGGCCUGGUCUUUAUACUGCAUUGCUGUUUCAGAUACAUCACGUUUGCUUGUCCGACUUCCCAUGAACCACUAAGGACUAGCGCUGCUUUGCUGUGCAUUGGUUACCGAGGCCUUCCAAAUCCAGUUGUUGAAUAUCUGCGGCAUUUGAAUAAACUGAUGAGCUCUUUACUAGACACAGACUCUCCCCAGCAAGUUUUGCAGUUUGUGCCUAUGGAGGUUCUCCUCCAGGGCAAACUGUUGGAGUUCUUAUGGGAUUUGAACACAGCCAUUGCAAAGAGACAACUCCACUUGAUUGUGCAAGCUAAGCAGCAGCAAAUGACUACCAAUAUUUCACUUUAGAGUAAUUCUAGAUUUGAGCGAGUUGCUGCUGCUAGACCUUGUUUCACAGGCAGGUAGAUGGUGUUAAAAACAUUGUUAAUGUGAAGGUAAUGUUACUGUAAAACCUUGGUGUGACAUUGUUAGUGUCGGGAGGAUGUUUUGAGCUAUCAGUCCUGCUUGCACCAUAUUGGCCUGUCAUACAGAAACCUGAGGCUUAAUCUCGGGCAUGGGGGACUUGGGAGGGACAGUGAUUGAAGUGGAGAAGCUGUUUCUCCUCUGUCACAGCUCUCCCUGAGCAAGUUUCUUUGUGUGCUGCCCCGGGUCAGAACUGUGGCCUUCGUGAUGAGAGGUAGUAUGGUGAUUUCUACCUGUCGCAUCAGGCCGGAUGAUGGGUGACCCUGUUGUGUGACAUUAGCCCUCUUCUGCGGAGCAAAAUGUGGGAGUUUUGACACACCUGCAUACUUUUCCAGGGUUUGUAGAAGCCGAAAUGUGAGGUUUGGGCCAGAACGUUCAGCACUGUGCAAGCCUGAUGUAAGACUUGAGGGAUGAGUGUCUUGUGAGCAGGCAGCUGUCUCACAAAGGCUGGCUUAAAAAUGACUGCCUGUAAGCAGUAGCAGAGGUGUCCAGGGAAAGAUGCUCUUUGGUUUUAAUUUUGUUUAUGCGAAGAGCGGCAGGCUGUGUGGUUUUUGAGAGGUUAUUGUAUGGCUUUGUCUCCCCAUCAAUGAAUGGGCUGUUAUAACAUUAUUUUUAAGUGGUUUAUGGGUCCUCCUUAAAAUAAUCUGAGACUCCUGAGUGAAAGCGAAGACUUGCAUCUGUCUAUGGCAGCAGCUGUUAAUGAGGAACUGCAAAUGUUUUUAGGCUAAAAACAUGAUCAUGCACAGAUUUGUGUAUCAAGAAAUGCUUUGGGUGCCACUGGAGGAGCAUUAAGCUGAAGAAAUAUGUGAUAACUUUCUUUGGGGAAGUCUGAUUAAGAUUUCAGUUAGUUCCCCUUAAGGAUAAAAAUGGUGAAAUUGGUAACUGGCUGUUCCUUUAAGGGAGUCAAAUCUUAUUUUCCAUAUUGCUCCUUUGAGAGCUAAAUUUUGAGGCCUAACUUGUGUAUAUUAACAUUUAGUUUUAAGUUUGUAGCAUAUGUGGAAAAACCGGCUCAGAGGGAGAAAUGACGUUUAAAGGAAAAAUGGCUUUGCUGUUGGUAUGUGCAAGAUCUCGUAGAAAAAGGUGGAAAGAGUGGAGUUAGUAAGAAGGAAAAUGUAAUCUCCUGAUGAAUUACCAGUCACCUUCUGGAAGCACUUCUAAUUAUAUAAUAUGGGAGCUUGAAGGAUAAUUGAUUACUGGUAAGGGAUUCAAAGCACUGCUGAAAAACUAUUUUGUCUGGAGGUGCUGGACAUUUAAUAGCCUUUCUUGCCACGUUGAUCGGGGCAGAGUUUAAUGCAUUUAACAGUUCAUUUUUUAUUUAAGAACUUGAUAGGUGAAUGAGUUGGUGGCUCAGAUCUGAGUAAUGCAUAACAUUUUCUAAAAAUCUUGCUUUUUACACUUGCAUGUAAAUAGAAGCUGCCUAACAAAAGCUUCUGGGAUUGGUCAUUGUCCAUUUUAGUUUAUUUAAAUGAACUUGCUCUUUUUGCUGUGAGCUGAGUCAUGCUUCCUCUCUCAAACCAGGAAGGAAGGGAACAGAGGCUACAGAUUGGGAGAUAUGUGCAGUAAGAGCUUCUCCUGUAAAUUGUUUCUUGAACCUGUGGAGUGCAAGCAGGGCCACAGAUGAAUUUCACUGAAGAAUAAAAAAGAAAUGCUGAAAAACAAGAUAAGGAAAGGGAGAAGAAAUAUUGUAGAAGAAUGGAUGAUGAGACAGUAUCAAAGAUCACCUGUAAAACCUUCUUUGUCUGAAACAAAAAGCAGGAUAAAGGUAUUGUCCACCAAAGACACCCCUGUGUGUCUGCCACUGUUUCAGGGGUGAUCAGUGCUUCUGAAACUCCCACUGAGCUGAAGCGUUUGAAAAGAUGUUUCUUAAAGCAGGGGUAAAUGAGAUACUCCAAGUGCAUGGGUGUGCUUACACUGUGAUAUUCUGCCAUGGUAAAAUCCUGAGGUGACUGACAGACUGUGAGAGAAAAUGCAUUUAUUUUUUCAAGCUUUCCGUGGUCUCUUCUUGUACAUCUGACAAACUAUGCAGACUUCCUUGAGAUUCCUCCCAUCCCAUCGUUCCCCACAUCAUCAGACAGUGUCUCUUUUUUCAUAAAUUUUUAGGAGAAAACCUUUUAGAUGGUCACAGAACUUUGGGGGGAGUUAGGACUGUGUACUUCAAGAUACACUAGACUGAGCUAGUGGGGAAACAUAAUCCAUCUGUUUGGAAGUACCCAAAAAAAAGUGUUCAAGCCCUUCUGUGGAAAGCCAGGUUUCUAAACUGAAGGAAAUCCAAUGUCCUGUGGAUCCUGAUGCCUGAUUUGCUCUGAAGCUUUUUUGUUGGCAGGCAUGGGGAGAUGACAGGAGAAAUGCUUUGACAGCAGCUGCUCCUGUUAAAAAGAAAGGAUGUGGUUUGGAGAGUCUUUUUUUAUUAUUGCUUUUGUCUUAAUGGCAGGAGUUUCAAAGUUAGGAAUGACACUUGUUCUUUUAAUUGUGAGAAUCCUGCAUUGUUCUAGCUGUCUUUAGACCAAAGAUUUCUCUGAGAAGUGACGAUUUCUGUUGUGACUUUUGGAAUAUGUAAGAAUGCAUGGGAAGAAUGUAUUAACCUUUGUGGAGAGGGUCUGAUGACUUCUGCCUUCAUCGAGGCUGUCAGUUUUUGGCCGAUUUGAUUUUGGGUGACACCUGAGGAAGUGUCUCAGUAUCCUGGCUGCUUUUAAGUUUUUUUUAUCUGUUUGAAGAUGAACUGGGUAUUGGUUUUCAUAAUUAGGCACUUCAGGUUUCACACAGGGGAAAAUGGAGGGGGUGGAGAGAAUAAGUUGGUUAUGAUGUGAUCGAGAUUCAUGCAAACUUGAGGUAAAUUUAGUUUUGCAGCCCUGCUGUUGCAGGUUUGCAAUGAAAGACUGAUAUCUAGGCCCAGUGAUUAGCUAUGAGCUACAUUAUUUUUCUGAAACUUUUUGGAUCUUUCGUUUUAAGCCAACAUAAUGUUUUGAAAUCAGUUGUGUGAGUUGAAUGAAUUGGGUACUCCGCUAAGUGAAAAUGCUGAUUUUUUUUUUUAAGUUGAGUUCCAUUAAAGUUAAGAGACUUGCUACUUAUUUUUACUAAUUUUGUAUUGUAUUUAGAUUCACUUGGAUGUGCACAGAUUGUAUGUGUUCUUGCCACUGGCUUUCCAAUUUAAUUUCUACAAACAUAAUGAGAUUUAUAGUAUGAAAUCUGGGAGUCUAUUAAAAUGGUACUAAUUGGUGUCUAUUCAUCUUCAUUUAAGCUGGAUCUAUCAAAUUACUGGUUGUAAAAGUAGAAUAUGUAGCAGAAUUGUAUUCUGUUAGAAAAACAACUUGAGACUUAAGGGGAAGGGAUUAAUAUUGCCUAUGUAGAAAGUAGGAGGAAAAAAACCCCACCUUGAUUUCUGACCUAAAGCUGGGUUAUUUAGGAUGCAGAAUAACAUUGAAUGCUUAAUUCACUGGAAGCAAGGGUUGACCAGUAAGCUGAAGCCUCAGAGCCUUAUAGCCUCCUGUUACCAUCCCUAAAAACUGUCCUUUGUCAUCCCUUUAGUUUACAGUUGAUUUAAUUCUUAGUGGUGAAGUGGGGGAAAUGUUGUGUAACUUGUCUUACUGUUUUGGGUGGUAUGAAAUGGUGGUGUUUAUCAGUACUCAUCCCUAUUUCCCACUUUUAAACCAGAGCCUCUAAAUUUCACCUUGUAGCCUUUGAAUAUCAGUCUUUUAUUUUUUUAGCACUUUAGUGAGUGAAGGCUGAGAUUAAAAUUUCCUUGCCAAAGUCUGGUAAUGGUUUUUCCAUCUCAUUCUUGCAACUAUUUUUGUGAAUGCUAUGCUGAUAUCCUUAGUUCCAGUUCUUUGUGCACUUCAGUCACUUGACAGAAAGAUCGAAUGGAGCUGUUUAUGCCAGAAAAGCGCUCAGCCUGUGGCUGUUCAUUGCUUACUCUUCAGGCAAUAAUUUGGAUUGCCAUCGAGCCCUCUCUUGUGACUCCUUAUGGGUCCAGAGCUGAUUUCAAGUCUGAAGAAUGAAAUUUGCUAAAAGAAUUAGCCAGUGGCUGUAGACACUUACGCUUAUAACAAGCAGAACCUUUAGGAGACAUUUAAAUGCAGGAAACUUUCCACCAGCCAGGAGAGGCUCAUAUAACAUGCAGCUGAUGGGAUUUGCUAGCCUUUCCUUCCUAAAAAUUCUUAAAAAAAGGCUUUGAGGCAUAACCACCUGAACAGACAAUUCACCAGUUGUGUGCUGCCUUUCUUGUACACAUGGUAUGUUCAUGUUUGCACGUGUGGAAACCCCCAGGACUGUAUAGCCGUGAAGCUUUUGCUUUGUAACUGAUCCAUGUGUGCUUUUGUUUUGAAGGAUGUAUGUAUUUUUCUAAGUAGAUGAAGGGAUGUUGGUUUACAUGGCUAUUGCAUAUUUUCAUUUGGUCUGCAAAUGAGUGUUAAAAGACCUUUUUUAAAACCAAGGAAAAUAAAUGUUAUUUGGAGAAAAUAAAGUAUUUUAU